AUGGCAGCCGCCUCCAGUAGCGCGUCUGGCUGGGCGCUACUGUUGCUGGUGGCACUUUGUCCGCAGCGCGCGGCCGGCUCCGGCGUCUUCCAGCUGCAGCUGCAGGAGUUCUCCAACCAGCGCGGCGUGCUGGCCAGCGGGCUGCCCUGCGAGCCCGGCUGCCGCACCUUCUUCCGCGUCUGCCUCAAGCACUUCCAAGCCGUCGUCUCGCCGGGGCCUUGCACCUUCGGCAGCGUCUCCACACCCGUGCUGGGCACCAACUCCUUCGUGGUCGGGGACGACAGCAGCGGCGGCGGACGCAACCCUCUCCAGUUGCCUUUCAACUUCACCUGGCCGGGCACCUUCUCGCUCAUCAUCGAGGCUUGGCACGCGCCCGGAGAGGACCUGGGGCCAGAGGCCAUGCCACCAAACGCGCUCAUCAGCAAGAUCACCAUCCAGGGCUCCCUCGCGGUGGGCCAGAACUGGUUACUGGAUGAGCAGACCGACCCUCUCCCGACAAGGCUGCGCUACUCUUACCGCGUCAUCUGCAGCGACAACUACUACGGGGACAGCUGCUCACGCCUGUGCAAGAAGCGCAAUGACCAUUUCGGCCACUACGUGUGCCAGCCAGAUGGCAGCCUGGCCUGUCUGCCGGGCUGGACUGGGGAGUACUGCGAACAGCCCGUCUGCCUUUCUGGCUGCCAUGAACAGAACGGCUACUGCAGCAAGCCGGGGGAGUGCACCUGCCGCCCGGGCUGGCAGGGCCGACUGUGCACCGAAUGCAUCCCCCACCACGGCUGCAGCCACGGCACUUGCACCACCCCCUGGCAAUGCACCUGUGAGGAGGGCUGGGGCGGCCUGUUCUGUGACCAGGAUCUCAACUACUGCACCCACCACUCCCCGUGCAAGAACGGGGCCACCUGCUCUAACAGUGGGCAGCGCAGCUACACCUGCACCUGCCGCCCCGGCUACACCGGCGUGGACUGUGAGCUGAGGCUCAGCGAGUGUGACGGCAACCCCUGUCGCAAUGGAGGCAGCUGCAAGGACCAGGAGGACGGCUACCACUGCCUGUGUCCCCCGGGCUACUACGGCGCACACUGUGAGACCAGCAGCUUGAGCUGCGCCAACUCCCCGUGCUUCAAUGGGGGCUCCUGCCGGGAGCGCAGCCAGGGCACCAGCUACGCCUGCGAGUGCCCUCCUGACUUCACGGGCUCCAACUGCGAGAAGAAAGUGGACAGGUGUACCAGCAACCCGUGUGCCAACGGGGGCCAGUGCCUGAACCGAGACCUGGCCCGCCUGUGCCGCUGCCGCCCCGGGUUCACGGGCACCCACUGCGAGCUCCGCAUCAGCGACUGCGCCCGCAGCCCCUGUGCCCACGGCGGCACCUGCCACGACCUGAAGCACGGGCCGGUGUGCGCCUGCCCCGCGGGCUUCUCCGGCCGGCUGUGCGAGGUGCCUGCGCCCGGCGCCCACGCCUGCGCCUCGGGGCCCUGCCUCCACGGGGCCACCUGCUACCCCGGCCGCACCCCCGACAGCUUCGUCUGCAACUGUGCCUACGGCUUCGCGGGCGGCCGCUGCGAGUUCCCUGUGAGCAUGCCACCCAGCUUCCCCUGGGUGGCUGUCUCCCUGGGCGUGGGGCUGGUGGUGGUGCUGGUGCUGCUGGGCAUGGUGGCGGUGGCCGUGCGGCAGCUGCGGCUCCGGCGGCCGGACGGCGGUGGCAGGGAGGCCAUGAACAACGUGUCGGACUUCCAGAAGGACAACCUGAUCCCCGCCGCCCAGCUCAAGAACACAAACCAGAAGAAGGAGCUGGAAGUAGACUGUGGCCUGGACAAGUCCAACUGUGGCAAACAGCAGAACCACACCUUGGACUAUAAUCUGGCCCCAGGAGCCCUGGGGCGGGGGACGCUGCUGGGGAAGUAUCCCCACGGCGACAAGAGCUUAGGGGAGAAGGCGCCCCUGCGGUUACACAGUGAAAAGCCGGAGUGUCGGAUAUCAGCGAUAUGCUCCCCCAGGGACUCCAUGUAUCAGUCCGUGUGUUUGAUAUCAGAGGAGAGGAACGAAUGUGUCAUUGCCACCGAGGUAUAA